AGCGUUCGUCACGUGAUCAGCUGCUACUCCCCCUUCAACCGAGACAGAGGCAGAGAGAACGAAGCUCUUCCUCUUGCAGUAGAAAUAAGGGUACCGAGGAAAACACAAACUAAAUCGCCAAAUAAAACAAAUAUUGGCGAAUAUAGGCAUUAGCGUGAAAACCGUGUCUCACACAGUAACAUGAACGGACACGCCAUCCUCUACACCGGGGUCACUGUGGCCUUCUGGACUACCAUUCUCCUCGUCGGCACUUGUUAUACAAUAUUUGAUCUUGGAUUCCGAUUUGAUGUGGGUUGGUUCCUGACAGAGACCUCACCGUUCAUGUGGGCAAAUCUGGGAAUCAGUUUGGCUAUUUCCUUGUCUGUGGUUGGUGCUGCGUGGGGUAUUUAUAUUACAGGCUCCAGCAUCCUUGGUGGUGGUGUGAAAGCACCCAGGAUUAAAACAAAAAACCUUGUCAGCAUCAUUUUCUGUGAAGCUGUCGCCAUCUAUGGGAUUAUUAUGGCAAUUGUUAUUAGUAACAUGGCUGAGAAUUUCAGUGGCACAACCCCUGAGACGAUUGGAGCAAGGAACUACCAAGCAGGGUAUUCCAUGUUUGGUGCUGGUCUAACCGUGGGCUUCUCCAAUCUGUUUUGUGGUAUCUGUGUUGGCAUUGUUGGAAGUGGAGCUGCGCUAGCUGACGCACAGAAUGGCAGCCUUUUUGUAAAGAUCCUUAUUGUGGAAAUCUUUGGAAGCGCCAUUGGAUUGUUCGGAGUCAUUGUUGCUAUCUUACAGACAUCUAAGGUAAAGAUGGGUGACUAAAAGAUGUGACAAGGCCAUGCAAUUCACAAGACUUCCAGAAGAAGACCAUUCUGGGGACGAGACACAGAUAAACUGUGUAUAUUAAUUUAUUUAAGUGUUUUUAUUUUUAUUUUUUUCCUGACAUGUUUGACAUUUUUAACUGUUCAUAUGCUGAAGAGUGAGUGACUGACUUUUGUGAUUUAAAACCAUUGAUGGUGACAUAAUGUAUUUGCACCCAGUUGUCUUAAAUAAAUGUAACUGUUUAGUUUAAAAUAAGUAGUGAGCUUGUCUUUAGAUUACUCCCCUUAAAUCUGAAAAUUAAGUAGUGAUUACAGGCAAAAAGUUAAUUCUUAAAGGUUCAAGAUCAACUAACUAAUGCUUCCUUUUGUAAAUGGUGUGGUUUUGUUGUUAAAUGGGGCAACAUUAAUGGCAUGUUUUUUUUUUAUUAUCAUCAAAAUACUAAACUUUAUUUAAAAAGCACCACUGCUUGUCCAAAUCUCUCUGCCUUUAUAACUCCACAAGAGUAACAACUGGAUGGAAUGCUUUAGAGGUCUCUAAAAUAUGGAUAGCUUCUAAAUGUGUUUAAAGGUGUCAGACUGACAUGAAGUCUCAUAUCUGCCCAGUGGUACAGAUGACUAUGUGACUUCAUGCAUUCCAUUGGUUGACAGUUCAUUUCUAACAGUGACCACACAGACAUCUCAUGUAACAGCAGUCUAAAGGUUGUUAGCAAUAUCAACUAGAUUUCAAAGCCGUAUUCUCAAGAAAGUCUGGGGUUUAAAUUUAAUUUCAAAAUCCAGAUAAUCCCCACUGGUUGAGAUUCAAUAAACAAACAAUAUGUUCUUGUGCUCGGUCUAGUCACAAAUGAUUAAGGCAUAAUGGUGGUCUCCAUACUCUUUCAAUGUAUUUUAAUGAAAAGAAAUGGCAUAUGUGCAGUUGAUCUUAACUAACAUUUGUGUUUUAAAUACUAUGUGCAUUGUGUCAGAUCAGGAAAUAAUUAAAUGCUUGUGCAAGUUGAAGUGGCAUGCUUUGAUCCUUAUACUGUAAGUGUAGGUAAAGAUGAAUGGAUAUGAAUUAAGAGUUGUAUUUUGAAUAUAUUUUUCAGCCUUUAUAUAAACAGUCUUAAUUAAUGUGAUAAAGAAAAAAAGGCUAUCUGUAUAGUAGAAAUGUAUCUUGAGCAAGACCUAGUACAAAGGGUUUUUUUUAAAAUAUAAAUACAUUGAUGUAUAUAUUAAGGGAUGCACUCUUUGUUUAUGACUGGU